AGCAUACGUGUUGUUAUCGCAAAUAAUACACGCUUCACAAAACGCUUCUUUCUUUUCUUUCGGCAAUCCGUACACUCCCAUUUUGCGCUUACGUCCAUUUUUUUUCAAAAUUUUUCAAAAUCCAAAAUUUAUGCUUUCUUCUUCUUGCGCUACCUACUUACGUUACCUCUACACCUCUGAGCUAGCAAACCUACAAGGUCAUGUCGUCAAGCUAGGAUGCUUCUCAUCCUGAUGAUCACCCUUAUUCAGCAACCUCACCUCAUUUCUCUGUGUCCUGUAUUCACUAGCUCCGACGACCUCUUGAGUUGUGUGUUUUUAUGUAAAACCUAACACAUCACAAUACAAUAGAGACUCUAUCCAUUAAGACCACUCUUCAAAAUUUCUCUCUCCAUCCCUUGCGCUUCCAUCCAUCAUGGCCAUUGCAAUAGAGACUUAACCUCAACAACAUAAGAUCUCUCUCUUUCUCUCCAUUUUUUUGUUUCUUAAAUCUUGGGUUUUCGUAUCUUGAAACUAAACUAUUCAUCUUUGUGGAAUUGAUUAAUCGGCAACAAAACCUAGUGAUGGUUUUGAUUCGUUUGUGGUUUGUUUUGUUAGGAUUCUUUGGAGGCUUCGGUUCAGCUGCGGAGCAAAGAAGGUGGACACUAAAUGAUUUCGAUAUCGAAAAGCCUCUUGGAAGGGGAAAAUUUGGUCAUGUCUAUUUGGCCAGAGAGAAGACUAUGAGUUUGCGAUUAUUUUCAGAUUUUCUCUCUCAAAUAACAAUUACAAUACUAAUUCCUGUUGAUUGUGGAUAGUUCGUAAUUGCGCUAAUUUCUACGGAUUAUUUCAUUCCCUUCUUGAUUUAUUUUCCUUGUGUUUACAUUUGUUUGGGGAAAAGUUUGUUUGUGCUAUUCUUGGUUGCUUUGGUAAGCUUUGUAUGUGAUUUUUGCAUAUUUUUUUAUAUUUCUCAUUGAGGAUUUGAAUAAGAAACUGUUUAGAGGUGUAGCAACUCAAGUUUUUGAAGAAGUUGGUUUUUGAUGAGGUAUUACAAUCUUUGUGGUAAAGUGGUAUAGGGUUUUUCAUCUUUACCACCACUGUUCUUUCGUCUAAUUGAAAAUUGCAUUUCAACACAAGGACCAUAGGGGCGUGAGUUGCUAUGCAUUUUCCACAGUUAAACCCCAAAGAGCUACUACAUGAGCAUUUAGCGUGUCUUCACCUAACAGGAUUUUGGAAUUGUUGGUUUGAUCAUAAGAGCUAUUGCAUUAUACAUGAGCUUUGUUGAUUUCUAUAUAUCUGAAAUGGUUUUCUUCACCUUAUUGUUUUCACAUGUUAAUUUAAUUGUGAAACUGAAUUGUUGUUUGAUACAGAGUAAUCAUAUUGUUGCUUUGAAAGUACUCUUUAAGUCAAUUGCAACAAUCCUAAGUUGUGCAUCAACUUCGACGUGAAGUUGAAAUACAGAGUCAUCUCCGACAUCCCCACAUUUUGCGCCUCGAUGGAUACUUUUAUGAUCAGAGUGGGACCCAAAGGUGAUCUUUACAAGGAAUUGCAAAAAUGCAAAUAUUUCAGUGAAAGACGUGUAACUACUUAUGUUGCAUCAUUGGCCCGAGCCUUUAUAUAUUGCCAUGGAAAGCAUGUAAUACAUAGGGAUAUUAAACCAGAGAACCUUCUUAUUGGUUCACAGAUACAAGAGAUUUAUAGAGCUUAUGGUUACUUUUUGAAGAAGGAUUAUGUGAUAAAGGAGAAACAUUUGCGGCCACAACAACGAAUGCAAUGGCGACAACAGAUCCAGAGGUGGAGACUCUGCAAAGGUGGGCGUGGCUGUUGGGGCCAAGAUUGGUAGGCGUCCGCAUAAGAGGUGGUUGGAGGAGAGACUUUGGCUGCGAUCGCUUGUGACAGCAACGACAAGGCUUUGAGAGUAGCGACGGAGGAACCUGUCAGAGAUUGAGCGAGAGAGGAGGUAGUUGUUUUGGCCAUUGUGAGACUCAACAUAGCUCUUGCAGUUGAGAAAUUUCAAAGGUAGUAGUUGGUGUUUUCUUAACAGCUUUUGCUCCAGACCUUGAACACCACCCAUCUUAUGUCCUUGAAAAGAUAUGCUUCUUAUAAGUUUUGUGUUGAAAAUCUUUAAUCUUUAUUUUAUUAUUCUUUAUAUGCUCCUUUAAUCUUUAUUUUGUGUUGAAAAGAUAUGCUUCUUAUAAGCUUUUGGGUACAAGAACCACAACCCUUUCUCUUGGAUCAAAGAAACUGGUACGUAAAUUGAUUUUAGCUCGUGAGACAAAAAACUUCUUCACUUGUCACAUGGGUUUGCUUACAUGGACAAAGACUUGCCACAUAGACAUAUGACUAAAAGUGGGAAUUGAAUUUUAACGGUAAGGACUUAUUUGCAUAACGAAUGUAAAGAUAGAAAUUAUUUUUUACAUUUCAAAAAGAUAGGGACUAAUUUGUAAAAGGGGCCAAAAGUCAAGGACCAAAAUGUCUAUUUACUCUAAGAUUAAAUAAUUUUUUUAAUUUUUUGGGUUUAAUUUUGUUUUCUAAAUUUUAAAAAAUACUUUGAUUUGUUCUCAUGCUUUUAUUAAAUCAUUUAUCAUAUGACAUUGUCAAGAUGAUGCUCCAAAUUAGUCUUGUAAUUGUUUUUCAAUAUAUUUAUGAUGAAUGCAUUUCAAUAUAUUAGUAGUUUUAGAUUUUUACUUCAUAGUUUAGUCUUUUGUAAAUAAUAUACCAACAACAUAUCGAACAACAAUAACCUCAAUAAAAUUAAAUAUGUAUUUUAUUGUUUAUAAAAUUUUUAAAACAUGGAUAACCAUGGAUAUCAUCAAAUAUAAAUCGACAAUGUUAUUUUAUAAAAUAUAUUAUAUACUUCAAUCAUAUUAGUUUUUGUUCUCAUUAAACAAGGUCUACACAAUUACAAUUAAAUGUAUACAAUUAUACUAUACAUUUAAUUUUACAGCUUACUCGUGUAUCCGCACGGAUCCACCUAUCUGAAUUUGGAAGGGAGUACAGAAUGCAAGAUUGUUUACAAUCAUUUGAGGAAGAUGCAAAAAUUGGUUGUGGAUGCAUAAUCACAAAAUUUGGAAGUUGGAAUGCAAAUUAUAUUUGAGUUAUCAUAUGCAACAUCUAACUUUGUUUUAUUUUGGAUUUUUUUGUAAUUUAAGUACAUUAUAUUAUACUAAUAUAUGUAAAUUUUUGUUUAUAACUCUUGGUGGUGUAUUUUGUGGGAAAUGAUGCUAGGAUUGCUUUUGCUAGGAAUUUUUUUGUGAACUUAUCAUUUUGUGGAUAGACAGUU